AGCAUUGGUCCCGCAGCUGUAGUUUCACCCCGGGCUGAGUCCUCUACAGAUUUGACAGGGCUCGCUCCAUGGGGUGCUGCUGCGGGCGGUCCUCAAGCGAGGACAAGCGAACCCCCGCUGGUUGGGAGCCUCAGCAGCGCUUUGAUCCGCUGUUCAACGCGCCUAUCGCCCUGAUCCUAGUGAUUGUGCUGCUGGCAACUGCCGGUGUGGUGUUCUUUGUGAGUCCGAUUGCUGCCGUCAUCCCCGCGGCCUGCGCUUUGCUCAUCCUCCCGCUGCUGUUCCCCUCGGUACAGCUCCGCAUUCGCCUGGGCACCUGGAAUUGGACGAAGCCCACCACCAUCGAGGAAUUCCAGGCAGCCGCAAAGCAGGAUGCGACCACGGCUGGCGGGGCUUGGGGAUUCUACUUGGGGAAGCGCUUCGUCCAGGGCCCGGCCAUUGUCGUGGCAGAGAACUACUCCGGAGUCAUGUCCUACCCAGCAGAAGAUGUGGUGCGAGUGAAGGUGGGAAUCACUUGGGGGCAGCUCACUCGAGCGUUGUGGAACAAGAAUUCGGUGCUUGCGGACCGCGCGGCCUACGACCCCAUCACUGUGGGGGGCAACAUCCGGGUUUCAGGUCAUGGAUGGGCCACUGAAGCCUGGGUCGUUGACACCGUUGUGAAGCUCCUGGCUGUGGAGAAAGGUUCCGGCCGGUUGCUGGAGGUGAAGUAUGGGGAAAGGGACUUCUUCGAUGUGUCCUAUGGAGACCAAUGGAUCAUUUUGGAAGCUGAGCUUCGAUUCAAGCAAAACGGCUUGGUCAAGCUGACCAAGUGGACCAAGAACCUUGACGAGCUGUUUGGCGACAAGUCGGAGCGGAAGAGUCUCCUUGACUUCUGGCAGGCUUCACAGGGCGCGCCUUUCUAUUUGAUCAACGUCAGCGCUUUCAAUGUGAACCAAUGGUGGGCCAACCCCCUGCCGGACGGGUCUGCACUCAUCGACCUCAAGUCCGAUGUGGGAUCCAUGGAUUUGCUCCUGGGGAACGAGAGGAAAGUGGAUGAAGAGGUUGUGUCCUCCGCAGCAGAUAUCCAGACCAUCGUGCCCAUUGUGUUUUCCUCCCUGGUGUCAAUUGACAACUGCCUGGGCGGGUGUGGGCUGCGCCUGCUGAACGUCGAGCUCUUCGUGGAGAAGUGGCUGGAUCCCGAGACGACCACCAAGGCUCUCUACCCCUGGCUGCAGAGCGGUAAAGGUUUGGCCGCCCGCGUCACACUGCGGUUCCGGCGGAACAGGGGCAAAGAGACCACAGCCCUGGAUUGCGUGGUGGGACCCACUUGCGUCAAGGAGGAUGAAGCGUGGAACCAGCUUGGCGAGAUUAUGCGGGGCUUGGGCUUGACGCGUGCCUGCCAGCACAUCGGCAAGCAGCAGAUUAAAUCUCUGGGACCCAUCGAGCUGGUGCCAUUUAACGUCUUUUGGCCUCAGCAGGUGACUGUUUGAGACGUCAGUAGUCACUAGUGAUCAGGCUGCGCAACAAGUUCGUAGCCAGCUUUUGAGACUUGAGCGGUCCCCAUAUCCAUAGUCUUCUGCAAGCAAGUCGAAGGAACGGCUUGCAGAGAGAAUGAUGGUACUGAAUGCAGAAAGUCC